AUUUCAAUCAAUUUUCUUGCCUUAACAGCAUUAAAUCACCAGCUAUUGCCAUCCCCCCACCACCUCACUAAAACCCUUUUCCCUCUUUCCGGUCCUUUUCUUUUGUUUUUCACUGAAAUCAAUUAACAACGGAAAACAAUUCUCCACAUCUAUCUCUAUAAAACCUCUCUCCCCUGAGCGUUUUCCUCUCUCUCCAUUGCCACACUGAGCCUCCCUCUCUUCCUUCCUCUGCCAUCCCCCCCAAUCCCCCACUUCAGCCGCGCCUGCUCUCUCCAAGCUCAAUCUCAGGUUCCUUCUGAAUCUAUCUUGAAUGAAAAAUGCGCAUCUCUCUUUCUUGCAUUUUGGGUUUUUGUGUUUUUUAACUGGCUGCUUUGCUUUCGCUUUUGGGAUUAGAUCUGUUCCCUUAUACUGUAACUGGCAUUGGUGUGUAGUAUUACUCUGUAAUGGCGGCGGUGUUUGACUCUCCUCUCCUUUCGUUAGCUUAAUUUAGCCUUCAUGAGCUGUAAUCUGUUGAUUGGAAUAAGAAUAAUAGAAAAAAUAGCCUAAUUGAGCCACCAGCUCAAAUUUUUGCAUGCAGGACUCGCCCUUUCCUUUCGUCAUUUUCGAUGUGCUUAAGAAGCUGUUGCAAAUUGCCGUUUUCUUAAGUUUCUCUUUCUUGUUUUGGCCCACCAUGGUUGAACCAGUCAAGAUCUGAACUUUCUCCCUCAUUACUCACUUAGAUCUGUUAUGCUUUCAGUUCAUACGAUUUCAGCAUGUGGGUUCCUAAAAUCUUCUCCCCAAAACUAUCACCAAUUUUGUUUCCCCCCUUUUGCUCACAUUGCUAGUCACUUGUCUCCCUCUGGCAGGAAUCUGAAUAUAGUGGAAUUUGUUAUAGGGGUUUGCUGCUGGAUUUUGUUCAGAUGGAGUUCCCUAGCAAGUUGGUGUUGUUGUUCCUGAUAGCCAUACUGUCGUCAACACUGUCUCAAUCGGCUACGAGCCCUCCAGCCCCAGUCCCCUUCAGCCCUGCACCAGCUCCAGCACCAACUUCCCCAUACGUUAACCUCACCGAUUUGCUUUCAGUAGCCGGCCCUUUCCACGAAUUCCUGGGCUACCUCCAAUCGACGAAAGUAAUCGACACAUUCCAGAACCAAGCGAACAAUACCCACCAAGGAAUCACCCUCUUUGUCCCUAAAGACUCUGCUUUUCGAGCACUCAACAAGCCACCACUCCCUUCCUUAUCCAAUGUCUCCGCGGACCAGCUCAAGCAGAUCAUGCUCUUCCACGCGUUGCCUCGGUUCUACUCUUUGGCAGACUUCGACAAGCUCAGCCAGAAGAACCCUGUGAGCACAUUUGCAGGUUCCGGCCAGUUUGCACUCAACUUCACUUACACCAACGGGUUGAUCCGGAUUGAUUCUGGUUGGAGCCAGACUAAGUUGAGCAGUGCUGUGCAUUCGACUAACCCUGUGGCUAUAUACCAAGUUGAUAAGGUGCUGCUCCCUGAGGCCGUCUUUGGGACCGAUAUCCCACCAAUGCCGGCUCCUGCUCCUGCUCCUGAGAAGGCGGCGAGUCAAGCUCCCGACGCAGAUAGUCCUUCUGCUGAUGCCACGUCGGGGAAAGGAGGGAAGGGUUCAGGGGAUUCUACUUCAUCAGCUGGUUCUGCUGGGCUUGGUUUGUUGAGCAAGUUGGUGGUUGCUUGCGGAGGAGUGAUGAUGUUGUUGUUGUGAGAAGUUUUAAGAGUCGUUUAAUUUAUGUUUCAUCCCUUUUUCGAGAACAUUUCAAUUUGUGGGCUAUUGGAGUUGGUGUUUUGGGAUUUGGAGACCGUAUUUAUUUUAUUUAUAUGUAUAAUGUCAUUCUGGAUUCCAGUGAGGUGAAAGUUGGUCUUGUGACCUCUUUUCUUUUCCUGGUUCUCUCUUGAAAUUUGGUACUAUUACAGAAGAUUCAGGGGAAAGAGGUGAUUUGUUGCCUGGAAAUUGUUUGGUUACUGAGAAAGCCGGGUGACGGGUCAUCAAUCAAUGUGAAAGGUGUAAGGAAGAUUUUGUUUAUGGAGAGGGAAAAGGACACUUGGUUCUUGCUUGUCCUAUAAGCAAAGAAAAGUUUGCUUCUUUUUGGUCAUUUUGGAAGGAAUCCGAAACCUUAUUCUAAGGAAUAGUUAGGAAGUUAAGCAGGGUGAGGUUGGAACGUGUUUAAUGAUUCCAAUGGCUUCACCUUGAAUACGAAUAAGACAGACUUUGCAGU